AAGGUUGACGUCGAUCCUAUGUCUAUUACCGCCAUGGUCGUGGGUUUUCAAAAUGUCAGCGGAGUUAAUCACAGUAAAUGUGCUAUAGAUGUAUAACUAUUUGCCGAUGUGUGUUAUUCAGAGACAACCAUCUGGAGCUGAAAGUGUUUUACGACCAGAUGAUGGUGACAUCCAUCACACAACAACCUCAAUAUACCGCGGCUUCUCUGUUUUCCAAUGUCGGGGGUCAGAUGGGAUUGUGUCUCGGAGCCAGCAUCCUGACAGUCGCAGAGAUCGCGGAGCUCCUGGUGUUCAUCAUCAUCUUCCUCUUCGACAAAUGUAGAGGAAGAAAAGCUCGUAACAGAAUCAGCAACUGGUAGACAAUGCAUUUUCCCUCACAUGCCGUUCAGAAUACAGCUAUCAUGAGGAUAUACAUUUCUACAAUGUCUCUACA